CGUGGAUCUUUGAAGGGUAAUCCUCGCGUGUGUACGAAGGUUACCCGCAGAUCGACAGUUUACCGGUACGGCCUGGUGGUGGAUGCGGCAGUGGAGUCGGUGGCCGUAUUGGGAAAUGCGAAAAUCGAUAGCGCUGGCGAAAUAUGGAAAACUUUGAUUUCAUUCCACUUUAGCCCUUCAAAGCGACAAGAUGGUUCGAUUCAGAUUGAAGAAAAUUCUUCAAUACUUGCUUUUUGCAUCGGUUGUGGUGCUAGUCUGGCGAGAAUUUGAGCGUCUCGACGGCAGCCGUGGAUUGAAACCUGGACGUUUUGAACCCGAGGCGAGAAACCAGCCACUUGUUGCUGGAGUAAACGUAGCACCGGAUGGCCCUGUACGGCGGUCGGUGGGCGGCCGGGGAGGCGGAGCUGAUGAUGGUGGUGGUAUUCGUGGCGGAGUAGGGGCAAGGGGACGCGAGCCGUUAUGGCAGGAAAACAAACAAAUAGACUCUGGAAUUGUGAGAGCAAAGCAAAGGGAUAUUGUUUCAGAAGUAGACCCUAAACCUGUUUUACCUGCAAACAUAAUUCUCCAAAGAAAUUCAUCAAACCACAAGAGUGAGAUUUCUUCCAGAAUUGAUCUUCAAAAAGAAGCUGCAAAACCAAAGAUAAAUGAGAAAGAAGCUAAAUUAGACGGUCAUCAAGUAUUUUCCGUAACAAUAGAUGAACCAAAAGUUGUGCAGAAUGCAAAUCCCGCCGUGCCAAUCAAAAACUUGUCAAACUUGGUGGCGAAGAAGCAGGCUUCCAAUUUUACCAUAGUAGUUCAAAACGGAGACAUUCCAUCCCAGUCACUCGCACACAAACAAACUGAACUGUCAGAUGUAUUUAUUGGAGUGAAAACAACUGAGAAAUACCACAGCAGUAGACUUCAGCUCAUCUUGGAUACCUGGUACUCAUUAGCUCCUGAACAGGUAAGUUCAUAACCGCUAUGGUUCUGUGCAAUGUUGCCAGAAAACAUGCUUCUUAUGGUUAGUAUACAAACACCUGAUAGUUCCACCCUACGUCACUACCAGGUCCUGCUAUAUCUUCAUGUUAACCCAUUGCCUACUGGAAGCAGACGAUCCCUGUACAAAACCUAUGGGAAUCUCAGAACUCGGUAGUCAAUGGGUAAACCCAUUGGUGACUGAGCGGACAUGUAUAGAUGCCAGGAUCUAUGAAAACUUUAACAUACAAUCAGAAAGUCUCUCAUGGGUUAAAGGGGAAUGAAACCCUUGGAAAAAGUGGGCUUUGAGGAUAGAGAAAAAUCA